AUGUCCUCAGCGUCCGCCGCCGUUUCGGCGCUCCUCCCGAGGUCUCGGCGCCUCCACCAUCGCUCCCCCGCCGCCUCCGCCACCUCUCCGUGCACGCUUCCCUUCCGCCGCCGCCGCCGCCGCCUGACCACGGCCUACGCCGUCCUAAGCAGGGACGACUGGGCCGCCGUGCCCGUCUCCGCCAUCGGCCCCGCCAACGCUGACAACUCCAUCUUCAAGGUCACCCUCGACCUCUCCGACGCCCCGGAGCUCGCGUCGUCGUACACGACCCCAGGGCAGCUGGUCCAGGCCUCCGUCCCCUCGUCGGGGCUCCGCCCGGCGUACAUGGAGAUCUCGUCUGCGCCGGGAGCCCAGCAGCUCGAUCUGCUCGCCAGGUCCGUGCCGGGGACAACCACGGAGCGGCUGUGCACGCUCGGCGUCAGAGAUCAUGUCGAGCUCGGCGCCAUCACCGGGCAGGGGUUGCCCGUCCAGAGUAUAAAAGAGGCGGAGACCGUGCUAUACUUGGCCGUCGCCGAGGGGCUCAGUCCGAUUCGUGCACUUAUCAAAAGUGGUUUAACAAAUAAUGUGAGCCUUUACUAUGGUGCCAGAAAUCAGGAAGCUGUGCCACUCCAGGAGGAACUAAAUGAGUGGCAUCAAACUGGAGUUAAUGUAAUAAAGGUCUUACCAGAACCAGUUCAUAUUUCUGAUGACUCUACGGUUGCAAUCCCAAUGUUGAAAGUUGAAACCUAUGUCAAUGCUGGAUAG